CAGAGCGGUACAGUAGGUGACGAGUCAGAGCGUUAAACUUUACUGUCCGUUCCGCUCGCUUGACACAGACGGAGACAAACAGCCACGCUGUUUAUUACAGCAUUCUGCUGCUUUCCCUAAAGAUAUCCCAAACAGCUGACAUGCAAACGAUUUAGAGACACUAGUUCACACAGACAAGAUGGAGGACGUGGCCUCAGCCUCUGUUCUCGCAGGCCCGUCCCAGCCCAUGUGUUCCCGCCCACCGGGCUCCGUGCGCCGGAACCGUAAGUCUGGCACCGCCAACAUCUUCCAGGGCGUGAACCUGCGGCAGCUCCGGCGGCUCUUCCAGGCAGCAGGAGACCCGGACGCCGAGCAGAGGGCACGGAUGGUGUGGAGAAACCGCGGAGCGGCGGCCGGAGAGGAUGGAACGGACCGGGAGGAGGAGGACGAGGACAGAGCCAUGGCAGAGGUGGAGACGGGUCUGGCCCAGGCGCUCGUGGGGCUCAGAGUCCGAGCGCGGAACCGAAGCGGCCUCAGGGUGGAGGCUCAUAAAGACGGCACAGGAACACGAUGGAUGCGAGCACUGGGUCAUCACAGAAUCAACGAGGGCUCACUGGCACAAACCUCUGAAGUCAUAACUGAAGAUGAAGACAAUAAUGUCAAUGAUCAUGAUGAUGCAUCUGCUUUGGGAGCCUGUGGAGGGCAGAGCUCUUCUGAGGCUGGAUCAUGUGACCAAGCUGACUUCCUGCCACCAGAGGAAGAGCCUCAGGGGCCCUCGGGUGGCCCCAGGUGGAGCUUGAACGCCGUUCAGGAGAAGGACCCGGAGCGAUACCUGCACCGGAUCCGACACUGACGCAGCGGAGCAGUGCAUCCAGUCAGAUUCCCGCCUGAGAGACUCGCAGACACCCUAGAUUUACUUGAAGCCACCUCCUCAAUCAAACACUAGUCUUAAUCAAGCAACAGUCAACACUACAGCACCUGCAGUGGCCAGGGACGCACAUGAACAAUAAUCCCACAGGAUUACAGUCCUGCGAAACUUAAACAGAGAAACACACUGUUU